AUGGGUAUGUUACUCAACACACCUGUUGUACUUUUGUUUGACACGGGUGCUUCACAUUCUUUUAUUGCAAGUGCAUGCAUCGACACUCUAGAACUCAAACAGGAAAGAGCUAAUCAGGAUAUGAGAAUUUCUUCACCAAUAGGAGGGGUGACAACAGUUACACACGUUUGCCCGAACUUAGAUUUGAACAUAGGGUCACUUAAGGUUAUAGCGAACAACUUGCAUGUUAUACCAAUGUGGGACGUGGACUUAAUCCUAGGAAUGGAUUGGCUAACGGAGAACUAUGCCACGAUUUUAUGCAAGGAACGAGAGAUCUCAUUUAAAUAUCCAGGGAAAGACGCUUUGAGUUUUCACGGGAUAAGUAUGGGUAGGAACAUACCAGUCAUUUCAGCCCUGCAAGCACGAAAGAUGAUGAACAAGAAAGACUGCCGAGCUUUUCUUGUGUACCUAAACGGAGAAGCUGGAACAGAAGGAGAAAUCGAAGAUGUGGAAGUUGUACGAGAAUACAAUGACGUUUUUCCAGAUAACUUGCCAGGACUACCACCAAAUAGGAAAGUGGAAUUUACCAUUGACUUGGAACCAGGAUCAACACCGGUAUCCAAGUUUAAGAAAGAUGGUGGUAGAAGCACAAAGGAAGGACGAAAAGAUGGAGAAGCUACGAGGAAGGAUAAGGAAAUGAGAGCUCAAGAAUUACCAUGA